GGCGGAACCUUCACCCCAGGGAUGGCGUCCACCAGGGACUACCCAGAGGAGCUGGUUCAGUUUGCCCGUAGUCACCCGCUAAUGUACAAUGCGGUUUACCCGGAGGAGAAGGCCCCCCUCCUCGUUCGCAGUCACGUGGCCCACGAGUUCACCGCCAUCGCUGUGGACCGGGUGCACGCCGCAGACGGGCAGUACCGGGUGCUGUUCCUCGGGACAGACCACGGAACCAUACAGAAAGUGAUGAUCCUGCCCAGAGGUGACACAGAGGUUGAGGAGUUGAUCCUAGAGGAGGUCCAGGUCUUUCGGUAUCCAUCACCGGUCAGAUCAAUGAAAAUCUCGUCAAAACGGCAACAAUUAUAUGUGUCGUCUGCGGCCGGAGUGACACAGCUAUCAUUACAUCGCUGCCUGGCCUAUGGGAUUGGGUGUGCUGAUUGCUGUCUGGCACGGGACCCGUAUUGUGCUUGGGACGGUCACUCCUGUUCUCGCUAUUCCCCCACGUCCAAACGACGCAGCCGGAGACAGGAUGUUCGAUUCGGUGAUCCCAUCAGGCAAUGCCGGGGAAUCGACAGAAAAGUCAGCAGGAUGGUCUUGGAUUCAGUGCAGUUUGGCGUGGAGGGAAGUAGCACACUCCUGGAGUGUCUCCCUCGGUCCCCCCAGGCAUCCACCAAGUGGCUAGUCCAACGCAAAGGGGCACCACGAAGGAAGCUGGUCCAUGCAGACUCCCGGUUGGUGAAGACGGGGCAUGGGCUCCUGAUCCGGCAGCUGGUCCCUCGGGACGUUGGCACUUACCAGUGUGUCAGCUCGGAAAACGGCUUCAGCCACGUGGCCUGUCGGGUGGAUCUCCGCGUCCUGCCACGCUCUGCCAUCGGAGCUGUCACCCACUCCCUGAGCCCGGGCCUCCCCACCCUUCCUCCCCCGUCCUCUGGGGGCGCCGCACCCUCCCGUAACCCCCGCACCCGUCCCGGUGCCCUCAGCCGAUACUGCCAGGACCUGUGGCCUGCAAUGCACCGGGUCCUGAGGCCAAAAAGGGGCACCGCCCAGAGCGGGCACCACCGUGUUGGCACAUGAGGCCGAGGUGGGGUG